AUGGCGACAACCGCGCGGCCCAACGGCGGCGGAGCCACCGCUUCCGCUUCCGCCGCCCCGACACCCCGCGGCCGCCGUUCGCACGGCACCGGGAGGCCGCAGUCCGGCCGCGGCUACAGCGCCCCCUGGCGGCACGGAGCGGCACCCGCCGGCACGGCGCUCCCGGCACUGACGUCACUGCCAGGGUACCGGCGUGACGUCACCGCCCGCGGCAGCGACGUCACUGGCUGCCAGCACCCCCAGAGCAGCGGGACGCCUCCCGCCCGCCUCCCCCGGCACCGCCUGGGCACCCACUGCCGUGCGGAAAGACCAGGUUCUGCCAGUUUCUUAAGACAGGCUCACACUCUUAUCAGGGGACUAACCUUGGCUGAAGCCUUGCUGGAAUGCCGGGUCAACUCUGUGAUGCUGCAACAGCAGCUCCUCAACUCUGCGAUGCUCCACCUUGCUGUGACAGGGACAAGCUUUGUAGUGAGACUCUGCCCGUCACUCUGGUCCCCUGUCUGGACUCUUUCCAGGGAGGAGUGGGUGCCUGCAGCAGCAGCUGAAGAAUUGGCAAAAUGCAGGAAAGAAGCACCAGUGAAGAGCCCUGCCAAGGCCCUGACAUCCAUCAGAGACAUGGUCACGUUUGAGGUGUACUGGAGGCCAGGGCAAGACCAGUUUUCCCUGGAUGCCAAGAUAAUGGAGCUGGAGAAGCGGCUGGCACAGCUGGAAGCCACAGUGCAGUGCAAGCCCAUCAGCCAGAAUCUGCUCCUGGUCGAGCCGAUGGGUUCCAGCCUCCUGGAGACUGCGCAGAUCCUGCAGGCCAAGGUGAACAUUUUGGAUGAGGUCAUGCUGGACCAAAUAGAGGCCCGGCUGAAGAGCAUCCUGGGGAAGGUGAAGGAGAUUGCCGAGCACGAAGCAAUGGUGCAAUGCGCCAACAGCCAGAGCAAGAUCCACCAGACAUAUGAGUUAAUGCAGCACUGGGACCCCAUAGCCAGCAGCCUGCCUGAUGUGGUGCAGUAUCUGCUGACCCUCAGGGACCUGCACGAGGAAGCCACACAGGUUGGGCAGGUCCUUGAGGACAUGGAAACCAUGCAGAAGGAGAUAGCUGAUGCUCUCCAGGUCAACGCUUUUCUGCUGGAGGUGGUCCAGAAGACAAUGAAAGAAUUCUUGGCCGUUGUAGAGGGAAACGUUGCUGAGACAGAAGCUAGCAUCAGGAAGCUGCAGAAGUGA